AUGUCACGUGUGCGAGUGACGAGCCCGCAGCGGACGGACUCGAUCCCCGUCUCCCGCGGCGCCGAAACGGCCAGCGCAGGCGCUGAGCUGUGCGUCGUCUGUGGUGAUAAAGCCAGUGGGCGGCACUACGGCGCGGUAUCCUGUGAGGGUUGUAAGGGCUUCUUCAAACGCUCUAUUAGAAAACAGAUUGGCUACAUGUGCCGCGGAUCGAAAGACUGUCCCGUUACGAAGUUUCAUCGCAAUAGAUGUCAAUACUGUCGUUUGAAGAAGUGCUUAUCGAUGGGAAUGCGCAGUGAGUCUGUUCAAGCCGAACGACGUCCAGUGCAUCAGGUUUGCGCCGACAGUCCGCCCACGAUGGUGCAACACCACAACGGCGCCGCCGGUAACGUCACGAAUUCCUACAGAACCUUCUGUUUUGGUCGUUCUAUGAAUGAUGUGUCUAAAUUCAAAAAUUCCUGUUCUAUUUCUCGCACACUUGUUUUUGAAGUACAAUUUGUUGAGGCACUGGAUUCGAAUCAGCUGAUGAACGGCUUGCUGACGAUUGUGAAGAACGAGCAAGAUCCACUACUGAACAGGGAGAAUCUCAUUAAAAAGGACGAAGGAGCAAGUUCGCCAAUGAGCGCCCUGACCAGGCCGAUCAGCACCAGCCCCAUCAACGAUUUCAGCUUUAAGAGGUUCUAUUGUAAUUCUCCUCAGGAGUCGAUCGGAGAGGAUGAGUCCGGAAUAGAUGUUAUGACAGCGAUGGGCAUGGCUCCUGAAUCGCCGUCCUCUUCAGGAACCGCAUCGUCAAUCAGCGAGGAAGGUCCAAUAUUCAACGUUGAGCGGUGCAGAUUUGAGUUGCCGAUACCACAUCCACCUCCGGCGGAACUGAACAUCCAGUUCAUAUGCGAGACGGCAAGUCGUCUCCUUUUUCUAUCGGUACACUGGAUGAAGGACGUUCGAAUGGGCCUCAAAUGCUCAUCUUUUUUAGGACAGUUGAAGCCGGAAAAGUUCGAAGAGGUUAGCCAGCAGAUCAACUAUCUGCUGCUUCUUGUGAACCGUUUUGCGGAGGUCAAGCUAUCCCCAAUGGAAUUCGCUUAUCUCAAACUGGUGUCAUUCACUUCAAACGGUUGA